AUGGAUAUUGUCAAAAGAGAGGACGAUCCUAUGGAGUUGUCUACUGUCCACUACGGUGCUCCUCAAGGACCUGGCUCCAAUGGCAAGCAACGGACUUCGAGCUUGGAAGCGCCAAUUAUGUUGCUAAGUGGACACCAAAGUGCUAUCUACACUAUGAAAUUCAACCCUACUGGUACCGUAAUCGCUUCUGGAUCUCACGACAGAGAGAUCUUCCUCUGGAGGGUUCAUGGAGACUGCAAAAACUUUAUGGUUUUCAAAGGUCAUAAGAACGCUAUCCUCGAUCUUCACUGGACAAGUGAUGGCUCUCAGAUUGUAUCAGCUAGUCCCGAUAAAACCGUUAGAGCUUGGGAUGUAGAAACAGGGAAACAAGUCAAGAAAAUGGCUGAGCAUUCCUCGUUUGUGAACUCUUGCUGUCCUUCACGUCGAGGGUUACCGCUUAUCGUAAGUGGAUCUGAUGAUGGAACCGCAAAGCUUUGGGACAUGCGUCAGAGAGGAGCCAUACAAACCUUUCCUGAUAAAUACCAAAUCACGGCAGUGAGUUUCUCGGAUGCGGCCGAUAAGAUAUUCACUGGCGGUAUGGACAACGAUGUUAAGGUCUGGGAUUUGAGGAAAGGCGAAGCGAUCAUGACCCUUGAAGGCCAUCAAGAUACGAUAACCGGUAUGAGCCUAAGUCCAGACGGAUCUUACCUUCUCACUAAUGCUAUGGACAGUAAGCUCUUUGUAUGGGAUAUGCGUCCUUACGCACCACAAAACCGAUGUGUGAAGGUCUUUGAAGGACAUCAACACAACUUUGAGAAGAACUUGUUGAAAUGUGCAUGGUCACCGGAUGGCAGUAAAGUCACAGCAGGUAGUUCGGAUCGAAUGGUUCAUAUAUGGGACACAACGUCGAGGCGGAUUCUGUAUAAGCUCCCGGGUCACACUGGAUCUGUCAAUGAGUGUGUUUUCCAUCCUCAUGAACCAAUCAUUGGAUCUUGCGGUAGUGAUAAACAGAUUUAUCUAGGUGAAAUCUGA